AUGUCAGGAGCCUCUAAGGAAGAUUUGGGACCUCGGCGUCUGCCAGUGUUGGGCAAGGCCUGCUUAACCACCAUGGAUAAAAAGCUUAAUAUGUUGAAUGAGAAGGUGGACAGACUCUUGAAUUUCCAAGAAGAUGUCACAGAGAAACUGCAGUAUGUGUGCCAAGGGAUGGGCCACCUAGAACAAGGUCUGCACCGGCUGGAGUCCUCCCAAGGGGUCAACAGUGCUCCUCCAGCUGAUGGCCAGACUGACUGGCCUGAGGUCCUGGAGCUGGUAAGGGGUAUACAGCAAGAUAGUGCCCAGCAUGGCACUAGACUUGAAGCCUUCUUCAGGAUGGUGGUGGCUGUAGAGAGGGCCAUGGCAUUCAUGCGGGCCACAUUCCAGAACUUGAAGGUGGUGGAUUUCGUUAUGCAAGGCAAUGUCCCCUGGAGAAAAGGCAGCCUGAGUGACGGUCCCGAGGAGAACAAAGAACAAGUGGAAGAAAAGGGAGCAAAGCCAAAACACGUACUGAACACCAGAGGUGUGCAAGCAGACCUCAAGGGGCCUUGGGAAGAGAGCCACAAAGCUGACCUGCCAGAAGGGACAGCGGAGAGGCUGACCCUCAUCAGCACUCCAGGGACGGGAGCUGACCUCCUCACCCGGGCAGGGCCCUUGCCAGGGCAGGGACAUGCAGUGUCUAGCCUGGACCAAGUGUCCCCUGACUGCCUGCUGUUUCCCACCAAAGUGCAAGCCAAAGAUCAUGAUAUACCCAGUGAGAACCCUGAGAGUGGCCUGGAAUUGUCGAUAGCACCUGACUGGGUCAGUGAGGCCUGCAUCAGCCAGGAGACGGCACCAAGUACAGGACAAGAAGUAUUGUCUGAUGAGCCCGACCCUUGGUCCCCAGAGGAGAACAUGAAGCUGACUUCAGGGCCCAGCUCUCAGCUCUCAGAGUCACCAAGCCUAGCCAGUGCAGCAACCAGUGGUGGCGAAACACUUCCAUGGAUUUCCAUUGAUAUGCAAGAGAUGAAUACACCUAGGGAGCUGCUUAUUACACAAGGGGGCAGCCUCAGAUCCACUCCCCCUGUAGGGGCUACCGCAGCUGUCCAAUCAGGUGAGAAGGAUCUACCUGGGCCCAGGUGCUACUCCAAAGCUCCUGGGGCUGAAUUAGAAGAAGUCUCAAAAGGAACUGAAGAGUUUCCCUCAUUACAGAAGAGAAACAGUGAUGAGAGAGCAAAUGUAGAGGAAAAGCAAGGGCAUGGGCCUGAGCCUGUCAUGGGACCAACCUUGGCCCAAAGGAACAAGAAAGAUGCUGCUGACAAGACCCCAGGCCUGCAGCAAGACAAAGGUCCAGGGAUAGGAUACCACGAGCCUGAAGACUGUGUAGCCAGGGACUCUGUGAGAGCUGAAGCUGGAGGAAAGAUGUACCCAGGUGCUAAGGCUGGUGGCGUGGUUCUGGAUGACAGCUCAGCCCCACCAGCCCCUUUUGAACACCGGGUGGUGAGUGUCAAGGAGACCUCCAUCUCAGCAGGCUACACGGUGUGCCAGCAUGAAGUCUUGGGAGGGGGUCGGUUUGGCCAGGUCCACAGGUGUACAGAGAGGUCCACAGGCCUGCCACUGGCAGCCAAGAUCAUCAAAGUGAAGAGUGCCAAGGACCGGGAGGAUGUGAAAAAUGAGAUCAGCAUCAUGAACCAGCUCAGCCAUGUGAACCUGAUCCAGCUCUAUGACGCCUUUGAGAGCAAGAACAACUUCGCUCUCAUCAUGGAGUAUGUGGAUGGUGGUGAACUCUUUGACAGGAUCACAGAUGAGAAAUACCACUUGACAGAACUUGAUGUGGUCUUGUUCACCAAGCAGAUCUGUGAGGGUGUGCAUUUUCUCCACCAACACUACAUCCUACAUCUGGACCUUAAGCCAGAGAACAUUCUGUGUGUCAAUCAGACUGGCCACCAAAUUAAGAUCAUUGACUUUGGUCUGGCCAGAAGGUACAAGCCCCGGGAAAAGCUGAAGGUGAACUUUGGCACUCCUGAGUUCCUGGCCCCAGAAGUCGUCAACUAUGAGUUUGUCUCAUUCCCCACAGACAUGUGGAGUGUGGGCGUCAUCACCUAUAUGCUGCUCAGUGGUUUGUCCCCAUUUCUAGGGGAAACAGACACAGAGACCAUGAAUUUCAUUGUGAACUGCAGCUGGGAUUUUGAUGCUGGCACCUUUGAAGGGCUGUCAGAGGAAGCCAAGGACUUUGUUUCCAGGUUGCUUGUCAAGGAGAAAAGCUGCAGAAUGAGUGCCACACAGUGCCUGAAACAUGAAUGGUUGAAUAACUUGCCUGCCAAAGCCUCAAAAUUCAAAGUUUGUCUCAAAUCCCAACUAUUGUUGCAGAAAUACAUGGCCCAGAGAAAAUGGAAGAAACAUUUCUACGUGGUGACUGCUGCCAACAGGUUAAAGAAAUAUCCAGCUUGUUCUUAAUCUUCUACUCUGCAACUCCAGUGACAGAAAUUAUUGAGGCCAGUGGUAAUGUGAAGAGAUGACUCACAAAUUUAAAUAACCUGGCCCUUUAUUAUGCUUGACUCCUAAACA